AUGAGCUUGGAGAAAUAUUUUCGUAAAGUACCAAAAACAAGUUCGGCGUCUCAAAAUCAAAAUCAACUACAUCGAGAUGAAAAUGCGGACCAAAUAGAAAUACCAUCUCACUUUUCUCUGAGACAAAAAUUUGAUGUAAAUGAUCUAAAGACUGACCCGGCUGAAAGAACUCCAAUUUUGGAUUAUCAUUCAAACAUUCGUGAUGAGAUAAGGAGGGCAUACAUUCAAAAACGUCCUUGCCAACCUCAGGGUCAUGUGUUCCCUAAAACUAACUUUUUUGGAAUACCACGUCGUUUUGUUUCUGGAUGGUUUGAUGAAUAUCCUGAUUGGUUGGAAUAUAGUACAAGUGCAAAUGCAGCUUAUUGUUUGCCUUGCUAUUUCUUCAAAGGCGAAAACAUUAAUCAAGGUGGCGGUGAAGCUGCAUUUCACAAGUUGGAUGAUAAAGGUAAGCAUGACUAUUUGGUUCGCUUAAAUGCUUCAAUUGAUGUGGUAAGACUUCUCCUAAAUCAAGGUUUGGCACUCCGCGGUCAUGAUGAGAGUGAAUCGUCAUUGAACAAUGGUAAUUUUCUUGAAGUUCUUUCAUGGUACGCCGAUAGAUGUGAGGAGAUUAAACCUUAUGUGUUGGGAAAUGCUCCAAAAAAUAAUAAAAUGACUUCUCAUGAUAUCCAAAAAGAUAUUGUGACUGCGUGUAAGAUUGAAACAAUUAAGGGUAUAAUAAAGGAUCUAAAUGGUGACUACUUUGCUUUAUUGGUUGAUGAAUCUAGAAAUGUGUCACGCAAAGAGCAAAUGGCUAUUUGCUUGCGAUAUGUUGAUAAAAAGGGAUUUGUGAUGGAGGCAUUUAUUGGACUUGUUAAUGUUAAAGAUACUAGUGCUUUAUCUCUGAAGAAAACAAUUGUGGAUGUGCUUGCUCACCAUUCUUUAACUUUAUCUUAUGUACGUGGGCAAUGUUAUGAUGGGGCAAACAAUAUGCAAGGUGAGCUAGGUGGUCUUAAAACAUUGAUUAAACAAGAAAGUAGAUCAGCUCAUUCUAUUCAUUGUUUUGCUCAUCAACUCCAAUUGACUCUUAUCGCGGUUUCUAAAAAGUGUAUUCAGGUGGGAGAACUUGUACUAUUGGUUUUGAAAUAUGACUGUGUUGGGAGCUUCUUUUAA